AAUGCGAAAAAAUAACAGUAGUUACAGGCAGCCCCAUUUUCGCCUGUCUGGUCGGCCCACAAUGUCGAACGUCUGAAACCGUUGCAGGCUUCUUUACCGCCUGGCUUUAGCUUUAAUAUUAUAACUCUAACGAUUGAUGUAACAUUCGCCCAAAAAAAAAAUAACACACAUGACAUGGUCUGGUUUGUACACGAGAACUGUCGAAGGCCUCGUCCAUUUUGAGAGGUUUAAACCCAAGAGUCGAUGCGUAUGAUCUACAUCAGUCGUUCUUAACCAGGGUUCGGUGAGUCGACCUCAGGGGUUCGGCGGAGAUCAAAACACUCCCGACUCUUCGUGUAAAUACAAACUUCUCCAUGUUUGCAAGUUACAGAUACGGCACAGCUGACUGAUUUGCAGGUACACUUCAACUGUGAGAGACAUGUUACAGAUACGGCAACAGCUGACUGAUUUGCAGGGGUUGAGUGAGCAUUCUUGAGGGCAACAGAGCGAUGAUGCCCACCUAAAGAUAUCUUGAUCACAUGGGUACACUGCCUGGGCUUGUGGAGGUGGAUCACAACGCCAAAUGUACACUGACUGGCCUGCACUUUAAUGUGUACCUUAUGGGAAAUUGGCUCCUAUAGUGUGCUGACCAAAUGGUUUAAUGACCGGGACUAAAAAUGAGCAUAAGCAGUGAUGAGGUUAAUUUCCUGGUUUACAGAUACCUGCAGGAGUCUGGCUUCUCACACUCAGCAUUCACCUUUGGCAUAGAGAGCCACAUUAGCCAAUCAAACAUUAAUGGAGCCCUGGUCCCCCCUGCUGCCCUCAUCUCCAUAAUCCAGAAGGGUCUGCAGUACGUGGAGGCUGAAGUUAGCAUCAACGAAGAUGGGACCUUAUUUGAUGGUCGUCCCAUAGAGUCGCUGUCUCUAAUAGAUGCAGUGAUGCCAGAUGUUGUCCAAACUAGGCAGCAGGCCUACAGAGACAAGUUGGCCCAGCAGCAACAGCAGGCAGCAGCAAGCAGUGGCAGUGGCACUGGCCCCCAGGGAAGCACCAAAAACGGAGAAGGUGCACCCAAUGGGGAGGAAAAUGGAUCCCAUGCAUUAGCCAAUCACCACUCAGAGAUGAUGGAGGUGGAUCGGGAUGUAGAAAUACCCCAGAGUAAAGCCAUGGUCCUCAGAGGUCAUGAAUCGGAAGUUUUUAUUUGUGCCUGGAAUCCAGUCAACGACCUGCUGGCAUCUGGGUCUGGAGACUCGACAGCUCGAAUCUGGAAUUUAAGUGAGAACAGUUCGAGUGGUUCCACCCAGCUGGUUCUGAGGCACUGCAUACGGGAAGGAGGCCAGGACGUGCCCAGCAACAAAGACGUCACCUCACUAGACUGGAAUAGUGAGGGCACACUUCUCGCGACAGGCUCCUAUGACGGCUUUGCAAGAAUAUGGAUAAAAGACGGUAACCUGGCCAGUACUUUAGGUCAGCACAAAGGUCCCAUAUUUGCACUCAAGUGGAACAAGAAAGGAAACUUUAUCCUUAGCGCUGGGGUAGACAAAACAACGAUUAUUUGGGACGCCCACACGGGAGAGGCAAAGCAGCAAUUUCCUUUCCACUCAGCACCUGCUUUGGACGUGGACUGGCAAAGUAACAACACGUUUGCCUCCUGCAGCACAGACAUGUGCAUCCACGUGUGUAAACUGGGUCAGGACCGUCCUGUCAAAACGUUCCAGGGACAUACAAAUGAGGUCAACGCUAUCAAGUGGGACCCCACUGGCAGCUUGCUGGCCUCCUGUUCCGAUGACAUGACACUAAAGAUAUGGAGUAUGAAACAGGACAUGUGUGUCCACGACCUUCAGGCCCACAGUAAAGAAAUCUACACCAUCAAGUGGAGCCCCACUGGACCUGGGACCAACAACCCCAAUGCCAACCUCAUGCUGGCUAGUGCGUCGUUCGACUCAACAGUGCGUCUGUGGGACGUGGAGCGUGGCGUGUGCAUCCACACAUUGACCCGCCACCAGGAGCCUGUGUACAGUGUGGCCUUCAGCCCUGAUGGCAGACACCUAGCCAGCGGCUCUUUCGACAAGUGUGUGCACAUCUGGAACACCCAGACUGGUGCUUUAGUCCACAGCUACCGAGGGACAGGCGGGAUCUUUGAGGUGUGCUGGAACGCCACUGGGGAUAAAGUAGGAGCAAGCGCAUCCGAUGGAUCUGUUUGCGUAUUAGACCUGAGGAAAUGACAGUCGUACGGGGGAGCCAUGGACCGACUACGAAUGUGUACAUAGCCAAAAUGACUGACUGUCCCUGCCUGUCCACCACACUGCUGUAGUCCCGCCACACGCCAUGGUCCGCCACGACCGAGCACCGCCCCGCCCCGCCCACACCUUCAAACACUCAUCCACGGACCACCUGUUCCACCACGGCCGCUCGUCCGCCACCCGGGUGAGAGACUUUCUGUUCUGUCACAUGCAAACCAAAACAGCAGAAUUCCUCUCGUGCUCCUCUUUUUAUCCUUUGUACCAGAAUUCUAAAGAUUUUUUUUUUGGUUCUCUGUUGGUGUGUGCAUAUUGCAUAUGUCAGCAUUUGGUGUCCUGUGGACAUUGUUUUGCAAUUGGAUUUUACUGUAAGUUUUAUAUCGUGCGCCGGGAGGGACACGGACGUUCAAACAUGCAGAUGUACAGCUUACAAGGUACAACGUUUUUUUCUUUUUAGACAUGUUGCAAUUUUUUUUUUUUUUUUUUCUGCCCUUGUAAACUGAAUAUAAACAGAUAAAUCAAAAGAUGAAAUGUGUUGUUUGCAUCUUUUGCCCUGAAAAAAAAAAUAAUUUUCAGGUCUUAACAAUCCUACAGUUUCAGUUAAAAAAAAAAAAAAAGGCUUGAGGAGAUUUUGUGUGUUUGCGGAAUCGUACGAGUGAGACGCUAACGUCACGUGACCUGUGUGUGUUGUAGUGGAGGACUGUGGCGCUGUGGUUUGAGACGAGAGCGGAAGGAUGUGGCUUUUAAGGCCUUUAACAUAUUAACAUCCUUUUUCCGGACUCAAGUCCCAGCUCAAAGUAAUGCUGAGUGAUAAUCAGACUGAAGCUCAUGUUUAAUGAAGAAACAUCAGGGCUUGUUUCACUUUCACAUUCAUGCAGGACGGGCUGUCCUUUUCCUUUAUAUCCCAUUUUGUCCUAUCUUUAUAUUUGACUGAAACCACAGUAAACUUUUCUAUUUCAUUGUGGUUUGACCACACACACUCUCUCUUUUCUUCUUCCUGCUUAAUCUACGCCUAGAGUCCAUUUUGACCAGAUGUGUGAUGUUUCCAAAAUAAAAUACCAUCAAACAGUCAUUGAAAAAUCGCUGCCCUUAGAAAGGGUUUUGAUUUCUUGCACUUUACAGUGAAACGGAGACACAGGGAGGUGUGUUUUCUUCAAGCUAACACAUUUAAUGUUUAAAAAAAAAACGGCCCUCGUUUAAAAAAAAAAAAAAAAAAAAGUGUUCCGGUUAUAUUCUAAUCACAUUUCGUUUGACUCCUGCCGCCGACAUCUGCAUUCCAAGUUUUCAUCUCCAGUGCAAAGUUUAAUCAGAAUGUUACUGCUUUUCAAACUUUUAUACUAUUUUCAAGUUUGCUUUAAAGGUGACUGAACUGUACUUACUAGAAAAUUUCAAAAAAGAGGUCCAUGACUGUGAAAUAUGGUAUUUUUCCACUUUUAUUUCACACAACAUCCAAGUGUUAGCUUUGUCUUUUUCCCCCCUUUUUCCUUAUUGUUCCUACCGAAAUGUGGAUUCUUCUAUCUUUGCUGUGCUGACAGCCCUUGGAAAGUUUUUGUAUUCCUCCAAAACUUUUGUAAUUCAGAUUGAUUUGUAGCUAUACGUACUCAAAAUGAACAAAAAAAAAAAAAAAACACUUAAAGAUCAAAUCUGGAUGAUUGAUGUUUCACAGAAAAUGUAAAUACAAGUUUGCAAAUCGUUUUGUUUUUCUUUAUCAUGUGAUGUCUUUGCCCUCACUUGCGUUUUACUCUCACUCACGUUGUUGCAGUCUGACUGUUGGAAUAUCAGUCAGAUUUCAAGGUCUAGAAUAAAAUCUAUUUUGAUAAUA